AUGCUUGGAGUUAGGAUGGAGUUGGAGAUGUUGAAGAACGGGUGUCGGACAGAUGGCAGGAAGUUGAUGUUCCGGAGCCAUCCACCUGCUUUGCGUGACCGCGAAGCUCGCCGCGAAGCUCGCCAGCUGUGGGACGAACCUCGCGCACAGCGAGGUCUCCUGGCAUGUAGCGGCCUUGCCUUGGCAGCCGCAGGGGCCGCCGCACGCCGCGCACGCGGCGUGAAUCGCCGCCGGUGUGUGGUGGGGCGCCGGGCCAAUGCUGCAGUGGAGGAUGGUUUACCACGAAGAGCUGCCAUAGGUGUGGCGGGUCUGGCGUUCACCGUGCUCGGCUUGAAGCGCUUCGCCAUCGAUGGGCCUCCGGAGUUCGAUCCGCAGCCCAGCUCGCUGCAAGGGAAGACGGUGGUGAUCACCGGAGGGAACACAGGCCUGGGCCGCGAGAGCGCCGUGCGCCUGGCGCGCGCGGGCGCCAGGGUGGUGCUGACCACGCGGAGCGAGGCCAAGGGGGUCCAGGCGGUGGAGCAGGUGAAGGCAGCCAGUGGCAGCAGUGAUGUAUACUUCCUGAAGCUGGACUUAGCAGAUUUGUCAGAUGUGAAGUCUUUCAAACAGCGCUUCAGCGCACAGCCCUAUGGAGACCACAUCGAUGUGUUGAUGAACAACGCCGGUGUCAUGGCCAUCCCCCAGAGGCCAUACGUCGAACAGGUUCGUUCCGGGCAGUCCUGGAUGUCUAUGCAGGACGGCUUCGAGGAGCAGUUAGGCCGGGCGACCCGCCGCGUGGAGCGGUUCAUGGCGGUUCAUGGCGGCUGGAGCGGUUCUGGUCGAACGGCAACGGAUGUGCAUCACCAGCCCUCGUGGUUGAGCCAAAGCCAUUUGCAGUUCACGGAGAAGCUCUUCAGCAAGGGCAUCAAGACGCACCAAAUCUUGGUAGCACAGACCCUCCACAAGAUGACGGGGACGGUGCCGCAGGUGGCCUUCGUUGGGCGCUCCAACGUGGGGAAGUCCACACUACUGAACAUGAUCCUGCAUGGGCGCCCCGCACCUGUGUCGCCCUUCUUGAGCGAGAGUAAGAAGUUGCGGAAUCCCAAAGCAGCACCGGUCUCCAACAAUCCGGGCAGGACGAGGCACUUGUUCCGCUUCGAGUUGGGCGCGGCGCUGGAGUUGGUCGACCUGCCAGGCUACGGCUUCGCGAAGACCUCCAAGGAGGUCCGAGAAAGCUGGCGAGAACUGGUUGACAACUACUUGAGCAACGCCGACCACCUGGAACGUGUGAUCUCCUUGGUGGACGCGCGCGUGGGCGUGAAGUCCUCCGACGAGCAGCUUUGGGACUUGUUGUUGGAACGGGAGCGCCAGAUCAUGGUGGUGCUCACGAAGGCGGACCAAUGUACACCGGACAUGCUGAACAGAACCAUGGCACAUGUCGUGUCUUUCUUGGAGACCAUGCCGUCCAGCUACGUGUGGCCCUAUGUGCAUGCCGUCUCUGGACUGGAGGGGCAUGGCGUGGACUUCCUGAGGGCCAGCGUUAGCCUCUUGACCUUGGACCCGCUCAGUGGGCGAAGGCAUGGUGGCAUCCGACUAUUUGGCCAGAAAAGCAGGGAAUUCUUCGCGCCAAGCGCGGUGGUGGGUUUGGUAUUCUUCGUGAAGCUGCUCUUGGAGCGGGGCCACGUGGUCCGCGGCACGCUGAGGGAUGCGAAGGACCCGCGGAAGACGGAACACCUCAUGGCGUUGCCAGGCGCCUCUGAAAGGCUUAGCCUUUUCAGCGCCAGCUUAUUGGAGCCGAACGCCUUCGACGAGGCCGUCCAGGGCUGCCGGGGCGUCUUCCACACCGCCUCGCCGCUGGUCCCGGGGAAGGGCGUGGAGGAUCCAGAGACCUUGGUGCUGAGACCGGCCAUCGAAGGCACUUUGAACGUACUGCGCUCCUGCCAGAAAGCGGGCACAGCACCUUGGACCGAGGAAGGUCGCGACCGAGUCAAGACGGUGGUGCUCACCUCCUCCAUGUCGGCCGUCGCGCCCGUCCCGGAGCCACCACUCAAGUCGGAGGAGCAUUGGUCGGACCCCGAGGAACAGAAGGCGACUUUGGCAGAGCGUGCUGCCUUUGAUUUUGUGGCGAAGGAGAUGCCAAGCGUCAGGCUGGCAACCAUUUGCCCCACCAUGGUGCUGGGCCCUAUGCUGCAGCCCGAGGUCAACAUGACCAUGGGAGCGUUUCGGGGCUGGUGCUUUGGCGAUUUCAGUUUCCGGUCGACCCGCCGUGGGGGCUCAGUGGGACAGACGUCGAGCCCGGGCUCGGCUCGUUUCCGCGGACAGCCGUUGAAAAAUGGUGUGCCUGGGCAUCCGAAGUGUCAGAAUGACUCCAUGAGCUUUGUUGACGUGCGCGAUUGUGCAGCGCAGCAUGUGGCUGCCAUGGAGAUGGAGGACAAGGCUGGGCGCUUCAUGAGUCUCGACUGCAGCAUCCAUUGGAACGACCUGGCUGUGCUGAUGAAAAGCCUUUAUCCCUCCAUGCCGGAGGGCGAGCUCCGCCCCGUGACACGCUUCGACCGCGCGCGGCAAGACAGCUUGGGCGUGCCCGUGCGGCCGGUGCCGGAGAUCUUGAAGGAGCCGAGCCGAGCAUCGAACGAAAGCAACGACGGUGCCAUCGACGUCGCUUUGACGGGCGAACUCCUUCCAUUGCUGGAGAAGGCACCUCAGGCCCGGAUCGUGGUGCUGUCCAGCACGGCACACCUGGGCGCAACGAAGGAACUCAUGGAAGGAGAUUUGAUGGCGCCAGAGCGCUACACGCAAUGGGGCGCCUAUUGCCAGUCCAAGUUGGCGAACGUCCUCUUCGCCAAGGAGUUGGAUCGCAAGCUGAAGCAGGCAGGGCUGAAGAUCACGGCCGUCUCCUGCCAUCCCGGUGCCGUGGACACCGACUUGGCUCGCUGGACCAUUAGCCCGGAGGGAGAUCCUGGAAAGGCCACACAGAUGCGCAAGGAAGCGCCCUGGGCAGAUGUUUUGGCCACCUUCCUCACACGUACCGUGCAGCUGGGCGCCAAUACCCAGGUGUACCUGGCCGCUGGCGGCGAUGGUGGCUAUGGAAGCUCCGGAGGUCAGUACUUCGAUAACAUGGCACCAGGACUCUUGAACCCGGUGGCCAACGACGAGCAGUUGGCACAGGAGCGGAGCGGACCUUCAGCCGGCAUCGGGAGGUAUCCUCACCUGGUCAUAGUGAGAGAGAGAGAGAGAAUGAAAGAAAGAAAGAAAGAAAGAGUGAGUUGGAAUCAACCAUGUCACACCCGAAGUCUCUUGACUCUUGCAUUUGGGCCGGGAGAUGUUGUUCGUUUCUCGUUGCAGCACGGCUGCUUGCUGCUUGGAUGGCCCUUGUCAGACAAAAGAGAGAAGGAGAUGAUCCUUCCAACCAUAUAUCUACCGCCUCCUCCAGCGGUCAUCACCCUACCCGAAUGGGAUCCUUAA